AUGUCUGCUGUCCUUGGCUCGAGCCAGAAAAGGGGCUGGUGUCGUAAAGGAUUGAACUUGACUGACGGGCUACCAGGCAACGAGUCGAAACCAACCUGUUCGAAUUGCCGCAAGACGGGGGAACGAUGUCAAUGGGGCCGACCGCUGAGCUUUCUUCCACAAAAUGCUUUCACCGUGGACGAGAACUCCAGGUCCACGCGCCUGAGCAUCGGCAAGCCGACAGAAGGUCACAAGAAGACUGCCCGGCCCGUCGUCGAAGAGACGGAAACCCAAGGAUCUACUCCGCACGUCACUACAAACGGCAGCAGGAGUAAUGGGGGUGGUAGCCAUGACGGUGACCGACCCAGUACUGAAGAGGUUCACGAAAAUGGUUGCGUCGGCCAGCAUGAACUCGAGGCCUUCGAGCCUCAAAGCCCAGUAGCGACAGGGCUCGAAAACCUUCCUGCAUUAUACUCAGCAUUCCAUGCAGACGUAUCACCAAGUCCUGGCCUACCUAUUGAGUCGCCAUCCUUGCAUGACAAUCUGAUUGACGGCGCAACCGAGACGCAGCAUGUCUCGUUGCAAGGCUCAGCCACUGUGCCGCUUGGUCAAUUUACUCCCAGUGGGCAGAGUUGCUCUGUUUUGAAGGGGGUCGACUUCGAACCAAGAAUGGGCGACGAUCACGGCGCAACCCUGCCUCGUGAAGAUGUAGAUUUCCAGCUUUCGCCUGAUAUGUUGACAGACGACGGCAUCUUCCUUCCAGGCUCUAGGUAUCAGGCGCUCCACAACACACUCCGAAAUCACGUCUUUAUCACUGCUCGCUCGGCCCAACCCAGUCGCGAAGCGAGUCCAGGAUUUGACAGGCCGGGUGAACAUGUUCACCCUCGCAGCUUUCCUUCGACUUUUCGUUUUGCCAACUCUGCUGGGGCUGAAGAAAUCUCGGGAACCAACAUCAAGUUGACUCCACACCAGGAGUUCAUUCUAUGGAACAAUUGGGUUGUCGAAAUAUCUGCUUGGCUCGACAAAUUCGACGCUCGGGAACACUUCAGGCACACCCUUCCGAUCAUGGCCAAAACAUGCUCGCAUCUGCGUUUCUCCAUGCUUGCUUUGAGUGCAAGGCAGCUUGAAAGGAAGAAUGGAUCUCUGCCGGCCUCCAUGAGUCUGGCUUUGUACCAGGAGGCAAUCCAUAAACUACUACCGGAGCUGAAUACAAAGGACGUCACAGUGGUGGCGUCGUGUGUGGUUCUCUGUGUUUUAGAGAUGCUUAGCUGUUCACCAAAAGCAUGGAGGCGGCACCUUGACGGCUGUGCGUCCCUCAUCAGGGCCAUGAAUAUCCGCGGAGACAGUGGAGGAGUCGAGCAAGCUCUCUUUUGGUGCUUCGCUCGGAUGGAUGUGUGCGGUGGACUGAUUUCAAACGAAAGAACCUUGAUCCCGAUCGAUGAGUGGAUGUCGAACAUGUCUUUCGAGUCUGAUUGCGCUGCGUUUCGUGCUCGGACACCAGACGUUUUCGAAGAACACGCCACCUACUCAUGUUAUUUGGUCGCUCGGGUCUUGCACUUUCUGUUUGGCUCCCCAAAAAUUCGAGACAGUCCGCUUGAAGUCUACGGCAAAUAUCAACCAAACUAUGCCGACAAAUGGGUAGAGCUUUUCGAUUGUCUCGAAGCGUGGUACGCAUGUCGCCCUCCAGAGAUGCAGGCCUUGGUGUCUCUCAAUCCAGGAAUACUACAUGAUGGGACGAGUUCGCCGUUUCCUACCGUCCUCUUCGGUAACGGCGCGGCCGUGUCAGGCAACCAACUCCACCACACUGCGGCCUUGCUCAUGUUACAGCACAUCCCCAAGAAUGUGCCCAAAAAGUCCCGUUCCAUCCUGUGGCACGCUCGACAGAUCUGCGCGAUCUCCAUCUCAAAUUCCCAUCAUGGGUGUUGGACCAACAGCGUGCAGCCACUGUGGCUAGCCGGCCAAGUCAUGAGUCACCCUGCCGAGCACCGUGCGAUCGUUGAUAUCUACGAACGAAUCGAAAAAGAGACAGGCUGGGGGGCGACCUGGAGAGCCGAUGAUUUGAAACAGCACUGGGGAGAUUUGGAUGAAUGA